GGACCCCAUCUCUUAAAAAUAAAAAAAUUGCUGAAUGUCCCUGUGAGGGUGGGAUCGGGGCAAAAUUGUUCUUGUUUGAAAACUACUGUCCAAGGUGACUUUCUGGCAUAACAGUGGGUUGGGACUUUAUAAAGAUAUAAGGUGUUAAGGUCUAAUUUGGCUUAGGACGUGACUCUUUUUCUUAUUAUUUAUAAUUAAAACAAAAUAGAGAUGCUCUUGAGUAGGGCGAGCUCUUGGUUUAUUCUGCCCGUGGUUUAAAUUUAAGACAAAUAGAGAGGAAAGCACCAGCCAUGGUGGCACCAAGUCCCUUGUGGCAGCAGAGAGGAAUCAGUUGGACCUCAUGGGAGCUUGGAUGGUCAUGGCCUUUACCUUGUACUCACUGCUGCAGGCAGCCCUGCUCUGUGUCAGUGCCAUCGCCAUGCUGCACGAAGAGAGAUUCCUCAAGAGCAUUGGCUGGAGAAUAGACCAGAGAAUUGGUGGAUUCGGGGAGGAGCCAGGAAUUAAAUCUCAGCUAAUGAACCGUAUUCAAACUGUAACAACUGUGAUGAGAAUGCCAUUGAUAAUAGUAAACUCAAUUGCAAUUGUGUUACUUUUAUUAUUUGGAUGAAUAUCAGGAGAGGAAAUGGAGACUCAGAAGAGAUGCUAGCAGAAGUUAUUAUUUAGGUCAUUAUUGGAAUAAAGGCUGAGAUGGGAGGAUCACUUGAGCCUGGGAGGCUCAGGAAGUAAGUAAGUAAGACUGCAGUAAGCCAAGAUCGGGCCACUGCACUCCAGCCUGGGUGACAAAGUGAGACCCUAUUUCAAAAAAAAAAUCAGAUCAUGAGAGGCAGUAAC